CCGGAUGUGUUUCAGAGUAGAUUAGCAUUUUAGCUAUCGACCAUUGUACGCAUGCAAACAUAACGGCGGUACAUGGUAAUUAUUUAUCCGUAUUUGUUUAAUUUAGAAAUUGAAGUCCAUAACAAUGUAACUAAAUUGUCGCUAGCGUUUGUUGAAGCCCGUUUAUGUCCCACACAAACUUUAACUAAGACUGACUAGAUAACGUUAGCCAGCUCACUUCAUUAAAGUUAACUUUCCUGAGCGCGUAACAUUUCGUUAUUGAUCGUUGGGAUUUAUUUACGUUAUUAACUCUGCUUGAGUUUAAUAUAAUAGCAAUUGUGAAUACGAAAUAAAGGCUCAAAUUGCCUCGAGCCACUGACACUGACUGGGGUGACUCUAUUAGCUGCUGAUAUCCUGCUCAGGACAGCACAUGUGGCUCCUCUCACAUCCUGGUCCCAUCUAAUGUGAACCUCUGCAGCCCCCCAGUCUCAUUGGCACUGAAACCAUGUCCAGCCAGACAGGAGCAACCCCCCCCCUACGUUUCGGCCAGGUGGUCAUUGGACCCCCAGGUUCGGGUAAAACCACUUACUGCCAAGGAAUGCAGGAGUUCCUGACUCACCUGGGACGGAAGGUGGUUGUGGUGAACAUGGACCCUGCAAACGAAGGACUACCUUAUUCCUGUGAUAUAAAUAUCUCAGAGCUGGUCACUCUGGACGAUGUCAUGGAAGGCUUGAAGCUUGGACCCAACGGCGGGCUCCUCUACUGUAUGGAGUAUGUUGAAGCAAAUCUGGACUGGUUACAGAACAAGAUGAAACGGCACAGUGACUGUUACUUCUUGUUUGACUGUCCUGGACAGGUGGAGCUCUACACCCACCAAAAUUCAGUGAAGAAUAUAUUCUCACAGUUGGCCAAGUGGAAUUUCAGGCUAACAGCAGUGCACCUUGUGGACUCUCAUUACUGUGCUGACCCAGCCAAGUUCAUCUCUGUGCUGUGUACCUCCCUGUCCACCAUGUUGCACGUGGAGCUGCCCCACGUCAACAUCCUCUCCAAGAUGGACUUGAUUGAGCAGUAUGGCAAACUGGCCUUCAACCUUGACUUCUACACAGAGGUUAUGGAUCUGACCUAUCUUCUUGAUCACCUGGCUGCAGAUCCUUUCUUUAAAAAAUUCCGCCAUCUAAAUGAAAAGUUGGCAGAGGUCAUACAAGAUUACGGCCUCGUCUCCUUUGUGCCUCUCAAUGUACAGGACAAAGAGAGCAUGAUUCAGGUCUUACGAGCAGUGGACAAGGCUAAUGGCUACUGCUUUGGAGACCUGGAGGAGAGGAAUCUGCAGGCCAUGAUGUCAGCUGCUGUGGGGGCAGACUUCCAGUUUGACUCUACUCUUGGAGUAGAAGAAAGGUAUGUUGAAACCAGUGGAAAGACUGUGGAGGAAGAAAUGAUGGACCUGUAAAACGGACAAAACUGUGGUCGCCUUUUUAGCACCAGUAUACCAGGGGAGUCUUGGCAACAUCCAUCUCAGUUGGCAUGAAUACUGAGCCCCUCUCUUCAAAAGCAGUGGAGAAACAGGAACUAAAUUUGGUUGCUGUAGAUGCUUCAAGCUUGCACCAUUCCUCAUGAAAAUCACACUGAUGACUGAAAUAGGGUAAAUGCUUAACUUUGCUUUAGUUAUGAGAGAAGUGUGAUUCAUUUUUUCUACUGCCAUUUUAAUAGACAACAAUAAAGGACAUCUUCAAGGGGUGCCAGUACAUUUUAUGAAAAUGUAUCAAAUGCAAUGACUCGUUUUUUUUUUUUUUUUUUAGUAUGUUUGAUACUUGAGGCCCUGAUAUUUUUGAGGAAUUAGAGGUAAAUUUUCAGUGGUAAGCAUUCAGUGGUGAAGGUCCAUAUAGUAACAUUCAUUCUAAAACAAAAAGUGACUGCAAUAAAUGUAGUCUUUGGUUUAUGUCUUCUCUCUGGGCUGGAAAAUAAAAGAUUCAUGUUGGUA